UAACCUCAAAAAUGUUUUGUUUACUUUUGCGGCGGUCGGGCAAUUCCUGCAAAUUAGUCGGAAAGCAUAUAGUCAAAACCUCCCGUCUUACGUCCAUCAAGGCUCUGCACACCACACGAUGGCUGCGGCAUGGCGAGUACGAGUGGCAAGAUCCCAAGUGUCCAGAUGAAAUAGUAAACAUCACGUACGUUGACAAGGACGGAAAGCGCACCAAAGUGCAGGGAAAAGUCGGAGACAAUGUACUCUAUUUGGCCCAUCGUCAUGGCAUCGAGAUGGAGGGCGCCUGCGAGGCAUCGCUAGCCUGCACCACCUGCCACGUUUAUGUGGAUCACAAUUUUCUCGAAAAACUAAAGGAGGCCGAGGAGAAGGAGGACGAUCUGUUGGACAUGGCUCCCUUUCUGCGUGAGAACUCGCGCCUCGGCUGCCAAAUCCUGCUCGAUAAGAGCAUGGAUGGCAUCGAACUUCAGUUGCCCAAGGCAACGAGAAACUUUUACGUGGACGGGCACAAGCCCAAGCCCCACUAGUCCCGCUCUGGUCACUGUUAAUUAGCUUUAAAUGUUGAAUAAACACGCGUGUUGAGUAUA